GGCAUUCAGCCAGUCACCGCUCAGACAACACACGGUAGACAUUCGCGUCGCGCGCAAGCGAACAGUUUUCCCGCCGCAAAUUGAAAAGCGCACGUUCUGAAUUCAAGUUCCUCGCCAGCUAUUGGUGCAGUUUAAAUAAUGCCUAAAAAGAAAUAGUAUUAACACUUUGCUUUAAUUUAUUAACUGGAUCACGUGUUAAGUUGUGACUCUAAGAACCACAUGCUUACAGUGUCUACGUUAUCGCGUACAAAAAUCCUGUGAUAUUAUUUUGCUGUGAAACUUAGUUAUAAAAACUCUAGUGGAACAAAACUCUAAAUAAUUUGACAUUUACGGUUUCGUGAAAUUGUAUUUCGCGAAACAAUAAACAAAGAUUCUUUAUGAUAGGUCCAUAUAUGAAGUGUCAACAUUUCUACCCCAAACAUUAUGAUUUACAAAUGGAUAUUAUGAUAAGAGUGAAGUGCUGUCAAGAAACUAAAAACCCAAAGUGACGAAGUGCCCUGUAGGUGUCUGUUGUGCUACCGUUCCGUUGCCUUCCCCUUACCCAUUUAGUAUUCAAAAUGUCUGACAAGACCUCGUCGUCGGUCGGCCCGCGGAGUUUCGAAACGAUUUCUGAGGAGGACCUCACCGCGUCGCCUUGGGAGAAACUGUUGGGAGAGGUGAACACUGCUGUUCCUACGAUAAUAAAGACUAAUGUGUCGAGUACAACAAUCUCUAGAAGCGGUGAGGAGGUAUCCAAGAACCCUCAAGCCGAGGAUCUGGAGGCGAACAAGUUGACGCGAUCCAAGAGCCUUAAUCAGCGAAGAAAUAGCAGCGGCCUCCUCAGCACGUUCCCUCGGCAGCUGAGACUCUCACUGCGAGGAGUUCGGAGCGAACCUUCAAGUGUCAAAGAUGUGCCUACGACCAGGAAUGACAGCUCUCUCAACCUCCUUCUUAGAUACCGUCAAGCCCGUUACGCAGCGAGACGCGUCCGAAAACGCGUCAUCUUCAAACAUGGAGACUGCAACGUCGUCCAAUGGAACGUGGCCAAGCGCAGGCGCCGAUACCUUCAGGACAUCUUCACGACCCUCGUGGACGCUCAGUGGCGCUGGACGCUGCUCGUGUUUGCGCUCUCUUUCAUCCUCUCCUGGCUACUCUUCGCUCUCAUCUGGUGGCUCAUCAUCUUCACCCACGGAGACCUCACCCCUCCCCCUCCCAACGAAAAUGUUACCUUCAUACCCUGCCUCAACAACGUCAACUCCUUCACCGGCUGCUUCCUGUUCUCCGUUGAAACACAACACACCAUCGGUUAUGGCUCAAGAACAACCAACGAAGAGUGCCCGGAGGCUAUCUUCGUGAUGUGCCUCCAGAGUAUCGUGGGUGUCUUCAUCCAGGCUUUCAUGGUGGGUCUUAUAUUCGCGAAGCUGGCACGUGCAAAAAAGCGUAACACUACACUCCUGUUCUCUCGUAACGCGGUUAUAUGUCUGAGGGACGGGGAAUAUUGCCUGCUAUUCCGUGUUGGAGAUAUCCGCAAGUCGCACAUACUGGAAGCGCACGUGCGUGCCCAGCUUAUAAGGAAAAAGAUAACUAGAGAGGGUGAGGUGCUGCCGUUCUACCAGCAAGAGUUGAAGGUUGGUGCUGAUGGAGAGGAAGACAGACUGAUGUUCAUAUGGCCGAUGACCAUAGUCCACAAGAUCAAUGAGAAGUCACCACUGUAUAAUCUAUCCGCGUCCGACAUGCUCAGAGAGAGAUUUGAGAUCGUCGUUAUGUUGGAGGGUGUGAUAGAGUCCACUGGUAUGACCACUCAGGCUCGCAGCAGUUUCUUACCAUCCGAGAUCCUCUGGGGCCACCGCUUCGAAACCAUGGUCACGUUCAGGAAGGACACUGGAGAAUAUGAGGUUGAUUAUACCAGAUUUAACAACACAUAUGAAGUGGACACUCCCCUAUGUUCCUCGAAGCAGCUGGACGAGUUGAGAGCAACAGUCUCGACCUCACAGAAAUUAGAUCGUAUGCUAGGCACCAUCCCGAAGACGUUCUCCGCCGACACCCUGGACCUGAGCUCCGUCGACUCCAUGUCCCUCGACGAACACAUAGAAAUCAAGAUCCCAGAAGCUCGAGCGCGGGAGAACAGACUGAUGGCUCAGAACAACUUCGUUCAUCACAUCAAUGAGAAGUCUAGAAAUCCCAGCCACACACAUUUAGCAGUUGAAAACAUCCAGGAGAUUCAUAGGAACCCGGUUCCUAUAGAGUACAAACACCCAGAAGUGAAGGAACAUAUGCACAGGAGUCAUAGUCACGCUAGUAUGAAGAAAGUCCAUGGUCUGACCCCUAAUGGCAUCGGCCAUGCGGGUAAUGGUCACACCGACCAUAAACAUGAUGACCACAAUAAAAUGAGAAAAUCCCCAAGUGAGAACCACAUAGGAAACAAACAGCCAGUGAUCCCGAUCUUGGUGACGUCACCGGCCCCAGAGCCCGCCUGACCCCUGCGAGACCACAACCCGCCCGCAGUCGUCGGCGCGCGGCUCAAGAAGCCACACGUCACCUUCUCACCCCACACAGAGAGCAUCGAGAAUAUACACCUAACCAUUGAUGAAGAGUAGAAGAUAUCCAAUAGAAAUUACUGCAAAGUUCAUAGGACAAAAAAUGAUUAUAUGAGAAUUAGUAUGACUAAGUGACACUUUUGUGAUAUAGGUAGUGUUAGAAACUUUUUUGAUAUCAUUGCAAUUUUAGUAUACAGAAUACAUCCUUCUGUAUUAAUGACGAAAUACGUGCUUGAGUGUACAAUAUAAAAGUUUCGGUUAUUAACUAGAGGUAUAUAAAAAAAAUGUUUUUAGGAUUGAAAAAAAGUUUUGUACUUAUAUUUAAAGUGUUUAUUCCUUAUGAGGUACUAUUUCUUGUAUACAUUAUGUACUUAGUUAUAUAAAAACUAAAGCUUCAUGCGUACUUAUGUGCCAACUACUUAAAAUAAUACAGUGAUAAAUUUGUACCAAUUUUCUACUUCAUCAAACAUCGAUGUACCAGAUUGGGUUGUAUUUAGACCAAGUAUUUAUUUAGAUAAAUUAGUCGACGUAGGUGGAGACUAAACUUAUAGAAGAUUUAUGACAUGAAGCUUUAAAAUCUUAGUUAGUCUUGUCUCCAGUUGUGUGUAAGAUUACGAAACCGUAGGAGUUAAACUUGUUCUGUCAACAGUCAAACUAGAGAUGGAAUUAAAGUUAAUUUUAAGGAAUAUUUAUAUUUCCGAUGACGAAUUUAAUACAACAUUUUUACUAGAAUGGCCCCUGUUCCGAGUGAAAUUGGCGACCAGUAUCA